UCUGGGUACUGUUUCAGUGCGUUAAAAUUGACUGGGUGCAGUGGGCGUUCUCUAUAGGUGUGUUUAUGCAAAAUUGGGUAUUUGAAAAUAGACUAAUCUGCACUAUACGUUGACGUGGGCUUAAGCGAGAGGUUGUCUUGGAAUGCGCUAAAGUGGAAUGACUAUGUUUGACUAGUUCGAAAAUGUCGAGAAUAUUUUACGCUAUUAAAACUCACUUGCGGAGAGAUUUGACAGCCUGUCGGGGAAGAGCACGAGUUCAUCUGAGGACCAUAUGCUGCUCUACACGGAGACGUGCAGAGGAUGGAGAAGGGAUCCCAGUGCUGGGGAAGCGAUGGAAGGACACAGCCGACACAGUCAUCAUCGGCGGAGGCUGUGUGGGAGUUAGUGUGGCCUACCACCUGGCCAAAGGUGGCAUGAAGGACGUGGUCCUUCUGGAGAAGUCUGACCUGACAGCAGGCUCCACCUGGCACGCCGCUGGCUUGACCACAUACUACCAUCCUGGGAUCAAUCUGAAGAAGGUUCAUUACUACAGCAUCAAACUCUAUGAGAGCCUGGAGGCUGAGACUGGACAGGCUGUGGGGUUCCACCAGCCAGGCAGCAUUCGUAUCGCCUCCACCCCAGUCAGGGUGGACGAGCUGAGGUACCAGAUGAGCCGGGCACACUGGCACCCGACGCCUCAGUCCCUCAUCGAGCCCGACAGGAUCAAGGAGCUCUUCCCUCUGCUCAACAUGGACAAGGUGAUAGCGGGUCUGUAUAACCCGGGCGACGGCCACAUCGACCCCUACUCCCUGACCAUGGCGCUGGCAGCCGGGGCGCGAAUGUACGGCGCCCAGAUCUACAACCCAGCGCCGGUGUCCGGCCUCACGCCGACCUCCGACGGCAGGUGGGACGUGCAGACGCCUCACGGAACCAUCCGGGCCAACCGCAUCGUCAACGCCACAGGUUUCUGGGCCCGGGAGGUUGGCCAGCUGAUUGGCUUUGACCACCCCACCAUCCCCGUCCAUCACCAGUACGUGGUGACGGCGACAGUGCCCGAGGUGAAGGCCCUGAAGACAGAGCUUCCGGUGAUCAGGGACCUGGAGGGCUCGUACUACCUGCGUCAGGAGAGGGACGGCCUGCUGUUUGGGCCCUACGAGAGGGAGGAGAAGAUGGUGCUGCAGGACUCCUGGGUCACGGACGGAGUCCCUCCAGGUUUCGGUAAGGAGCUGUUUGAGUCGGAUCUGGACAGGAUCAUGGAUCACGUGGAAAUGGCCAUGGAGAUGGUUCCUGUGCUGAAGGACGCUGACAUCAUCAACAUCGUGUCUGGGCCAAUCACUUACACCCCUGAUCUGCUGCCCAUGGUGGGGCCACACCAGGGAGCACGCAACUACUGGACCGCCAUCGGCUUCGGGUAUGGAGUCAUCCAUGCUGGAGGCAUUGGCAAAUUCCUGAGUGACUGGAUCCGUACUGGAGAGCCGCCCUACGACCUCAUCGAAUGCGACCCCAACCGCUACGGGAAGUGGACCACCGUACCGUACAUGUGUACCAAGGCCAGGGAAUCCUAUGGCUUCAACAACGUAGUCGGCUACCCUAAGGAGGAGAGGUUUGCUGGGCGGCCCACCAGCAGGACCAGUGGGGUGUACGAGCUGAUGAAGGGGAAGGCUUCCAUGGGCUUCCACGCUGGCUGGGAGCAACCUCACUGGUUUUACAAACCAGGAGACGACACCGGAUACAAGCCCAGUUUUAGACGCACCAACUGGUUUGGCCCUGUGGGAAGGGAGUGUAAGCUGGUGAUGGAGAAGGUGGGAGUCAUCGACUUGACGCCGUUCGGCAAGUUCAUCGUGAAGGGCAAGGACUCACACAAGCUCCUAGACCGCCUCUUUGCCAACACCAUGCCCAAGGUGGGCCUGACUAACAUCAGUCACAUGCUGACCCCCACUGGGAGUGUCUACGCUGAGGUCACCAUCACCCAGCUGGCACCUGGGGAAUACUUCCUCAUCACGGGGUCAGGCUCGGAGCUGCACGACCUCAGGUGGAUAGAGCGAGAGGCAGCAGAUGGCGCCUAUGACGUGGACAUCAUUAACGUGACCGAGGACAUGGGAGUGCUGGGUGUCGCUGGGCCAAACUCCCGGAAGGUUCUACAGAAGCUCACGGAGGAAGACCUUAGUGACGCAGGCUUCAAGUUCCUCCACUGCAAACCCAUCCAGCUGGCUGGUGUUCCUCUUCGAGCCAUUAGGAUCUCCUACACAGGGGAGCUGGGCUGGGAGCUGUACAUCGACCAGAAGAACAUGGCAGCUGUGUACGAGGCCAUCAUGGCUGCAGGACAGGAGGAGGGCAUCGAUCACUUUGGCACCUACGCCAUGUCCUCUCUCAGGCUGGAGAAGGGCUUCAGAGGCUGGGGGGCCGAGAUGAACUGCGAUACCAAUCCUCUGGAGGCUGGCUUGGACUAUUUCAUCAAGUUGAACAAGCCUGCAGACUUCAUAGGCAAGGCAGCCCUGCAGGAGGUCAAGGCCAAGGGCCUGAGGAGGAAGCUGUCAUACAUCUCCAUGGAUACGGAUGAUGUCGACCCCGAGGGCAACGAGACCAUAUGGCUCAAUGGCAAGGUGGUGGGCAACACCACGUCCGGGGCCUACAGCUACACCUCCCAGCAAAGCCUGGCCUUCGCCUACCUGCCUGUGGAGCUCUGCUCCGUGGGUCAGAAGGUGGAGGUGGAGCUGGUGGGGAGGAGGUACCCAGCCAUGGUCAUCCAGGAGCCCCUGGUCCUCACAGAACCCACCAGGACUCGUCUGCAGAAGAAGGUCAAGGGCAGGGCGUGAGUCUGGGCACAGCCAUCCAGAAGCAGCCUGCCCACUGAUGGGUCUGCUCGACCGACUUCCAGAAGAACCAGGCAUCACCUCCUCACUGCGGACUGGAAACCUUGUGAAUGAUUCUUGAAAACGAACACAAAAAGGAAAUUUGAUUUGACGUCCAACUGUACAACUAUGGUGCACUAACGCUGUCUGCUCUGAGUGUGAGGGGUGGAUUGGAUUGUUGAAAUAGGGUGUCAUUUUUAUGCCAGUGACUGUGAAACAUACUUUUUCCCGUCCCCAGGUUUAGAGGAAGUUGCUUUAGCAAGCAUAAGUUUGUGUAAGGUAGCUUUUUUUAAUUCAUGCUGUAAUGAGCUGUGUGUAGACUGUAAUCCAACCAACCCUCAAUAUGUCCCUAAGAAAACUUUAAAGUCUUAAAUCUUAUCUUCUGUGAAAGUUUUUAAAGAAAUGUUCAAUUCAGUUCAGAUUGUUACAAAAGAAAAACGCGAUAAAUGCUUUUAAAAUCGCUACAUAUAGAGAAAUUAUCAGCAAUAAUGAUUUGCAUUAUUUCUUAGAUAAAUGUGCUGUUUCAUGCAUUGGUAUUGCAAUUGUGUCUAAGAAAUAAACAAUGAAAAUAGUGACUACACGGUAUUCCGAGAACAAUAAGAUCAAUAUAUUUGUGUAAAUAUUUAAAUAUUUUACACUAAUUUUUGUAAAUGUAUGUACAUUUGAAACUUUGUUUAAUUAAAGGCAAUGCUAUUUG